AGCUAAAUAAUAUACCUGUAUGAUCUUUUCUAAAAUAGCAUGGUCAGCAUGUUCAAGAAAAGCGAGAAGCUCGCAUCGCUAUCGUUGUAAAACAUUUUGUGAGUUGUUUGACAUAUUCCUAACUUAGAAAUUACUUCAAAGUAGUUGUUAUAAGUUAAUAAGUAGCUUUUUUUUUUAAAGAUUUGCUCAUAAUUGUAGUGAUUUUAUUUACAAUUCAUUCUUACAUGUAUAUUAGUAACCAGACUAUAUGAUUGACCUUUUUGUGGCUGUUGUUGCAUCAGCAAAUUAUUUUUUUUACCCGUUUUUCACCAACAAACGUCCAUUCUUGACUUUGGGUUUCUGACAGUUUUUUGUUUCGCUUUUAUACAUACAUGUGUGAGGUGAUAAAGUUUAUCAUGAGAAGAACCCAAAAUAGAAUAAGUAAGUGCCAAGAGAUCUUGAAUGUAAUUUGAGUUUCUUCCCUAAUAACGGAAUUACUUAGAUCAGUUUCCAGAGGUCCUCCAUAGAUAAUCAAACUGCACGCAGGAAGUGAGUAUUUCGAUCAUCCCUAAAGUUGUAUUAUUUUCGCCGACAUCAAUUAGUUUUCUUCUUCAUUGACUCUCCAGCGUGAAUGGAAUGGAGAACACAAUUAAUCGUCAAAUACUAUACCUUUAUGUAUGGAAUUUCCAGACAACCAGACUACUGAUAUCGAUAGCUCUUUUAUUUGGGGUAUGCGGUUUCACGUGGUUUGAGGCACAAAAUAAAUGUCCUUUAGUAGGACAAACUCUUGUCUCAAGACCUCGUACGACCCAACCUUCCUGGACCAGCCUUCAUGAACGUCGAUAUUCAUGGAUGCAAAAUCUUGGAUGCUACAAAUACUCUGAUCAGGAUCCUGCUCUGAGAGACGAUGCUGUCCUUCAUAUGUCACAUUAUCCUUCUGCUGGUCUAUGCCAAGAGCUUUGAUCAAAACUGUUUUUGCUUGAAACACAAGAUAUUACCUCUCCUGAACAACUGCAAUAGUCGGUGUAAGGGAACCUGCAGUUCUGGGAAUGGAUCAAAUUGUUCCAAAUAUCGCACAUAUUUGUCUGUUGGAAGACAAAGGGAUGACAGAUUUCCAGCUGCCUAUCCAUGCUGUAUUGUCAUACAGUGCACUGGUUAUACAAGUUACGAGGUUUUUCAUUGUGAUUCGAAUUUUGCUACGCGUACAGCUUGUGAAAUACAAGAUUCCAUCAAUCAAGUUUAUCAUUUAAAUCCGAUAAAUUUCAUUUUAAAAUACAAAUUGAUGCAAAAUCCUUCUAACUACUUUGGAAAAGACGUUGAAACGUUUUUCAAGAAUACAUGUAAAUCAAGCAUUAAAAACAAUUUAGAGCCAGUGUGGAUUGCAUUCUCGAGGGAGAGUUACACUCGUUUUGAUAAAGGGGGAAUGUUAUCCGAUGUCGACAAACGAAACACCAUGGCCUGUCAGCUUUGUAAAGAUGGUUGCCGAUUCGGUGAUUGCAAUCUUGAGGUAGACGAAGCAGUGUGUUCGGAGAUUAUAGUGACUAAGGAGACUAGCACGAAAACAGCUCUGAAGAUGACAGUCACAAAACCUAGCUUUUCCAAUACCGGUGUUAUCUCAAGGGAGACGACUGAAGAAGUGUCACGGCUUCCCCGUAAUUAUUCUGACCAUACAUUGUCCUACAUAUUGGAGACAACGACAUUAACAAACAACGCAGACGGAAACGAACAUCAGCUAAAACUGAAAGAACAGAAAGACACAAAGCACCAUCAUCCGGACAAAUAAAGCCAAUCCCUAUAAAGGAUUCAAAGAUGGACACGUUAAAAAGUCUAAGAUUAUUCUAAACUUCCGCAUAUUUGCUCGAUGAAAAUGGUACAUUUGAAGAAAAUUGUGCUUAUGACAUGGCAGACAAUAGAAAACUUCAAGAAGAAAGUCCCUAUCUUGAAGGAGAGAGAUAUUAUGACCACCUCAGUGACACGGCUUUUAGAAGACAAAUAAGACGAAAAUAUAUAUAAUCAUCUAACUACUAAAGGACACACCAACAUCUCCAAAUACGACAUGAUGCAGAAACAAAGAAUCACCGAUGCGGUCAAUCAGAUUUUCAAACUAACAAUCACGCAAAUGCUUAUGUAGAAAUAUAUAAAUAUUCGAAACCACAGAACAGGUUUAAAUACAUACAGAAAUUGGGUGAAAACAUUAUUCUGACAGUCGCGAAAGGAUGAAAGCUAUUUUGGAAAUUGAAUACUUGAAGACAGGAUACACUCAACUAUACUUGUAAGCACCCUUCGUUUUAAUAAGUGUCCUUCGAAACAUUAUUUGAUAUAAUUGACUUGCACACAAAGAAAUAAAUACAUGUCAUAUUGCAAUCUGAUAACUAUUAGAGUUGCAAACUUCUAGUAUGUAACUGGCAGACAGAUUAAAGAUGGC